AUGGGGAGAAUCGAGGAAUUUGUCAAGAGAGCUAUGAGAAUCUGUUUGCAGCCAUCCUGGCACAUUCACAUGCUCGCCUUGGCGCUCUGUCUCAGCUCGGGAUUUCAUCAGGGUUACAUCGCCGCUGUUCUCAAUCAACCUUAUAAAGAGAUCGAGGCGUACAUCAAGAACAGCUGGUUGUUGACAACGGGACAUGAGCUUAGCGAUACAACAAAAAACCUCCUCUGGUCUCUCCUCAACGUGACUUUCCCCGUGGCAACAAUCGUCGGCCAAUUCGCCGCCCCGUACUUGUGCAAGAGAUACGGCCGAAAGAAGACAGCCCUUAUCUCGACAUUUCUCUAUAUUCCCGGUGGGAUCAUCUCCUUCAUCGCAAAGUUCAUCCCGCCGGCUUUUGAGCUGCUUUACGUUGGGAGAUUCAUUUGGUCAUUCGCCAAUGGAUUGAACAGCGUUGUGGCAACGGUGUGGAUCGUCGAGUGCGCACCGCCGAAAAUUCGCGGCCGAAUGGCCUCGAUGCAGGAGAUGUUCAUGAGCAUUGGCUCGCUGGCCACCCAAGCAGCCGGUGUUCCCUUCUCGACGGAUCAACUCUGGCCGCUCGUCUUUGUGCCCGGCAUCAUCGCCUCGGUCAUCGCCAUGUUCAUGUUCAUUUUCGUCUACGAUGCCCCGGCUUCAAUCAUCGAGAAAGAAGGGGAUUUGAAAAAGGCAAGAAAGUCCCUGGCCACUUAUUACGGAGUAGAGGAGGAUGAUCCGAGUCUCGAUGAAGAGAUGGCCAUCUGUGAGAAGAGACUUCAGAAAAAGGCCGGAAACGGUGUCAAAGCCGAGCACGACGGUUUAACGAUAAUAUUCAUGCCGUGGAAAGCCAAAGACGACAUGAGUAAAGUGAUCCGACACGCCGCUUGGCUGGGGCUUUUCGUGAAAGUACUGUACGUGUUCACUGGAGCCAGGGCUCUUCGUGCCUACUCGACUUUUCUUCUCUCCGAUCUCGCCGGCUGGAGUAAAGAUUCGGCCAUUUGGGGAUCGUUUGCAAUUGGAGUUGCCAGAGUACCCGUCACACUCAUUUGCAUGUUCUUGGUGGAUCGAGUCGGACGAAGACCGCUUAUGAACUUGAGCACAGUGAUCUGCGUUCUCUCGCUGGCUGUCAUGCUCGUCGCCACACUCAUUGGAGGAUCGAUGAAGAUUGCCACCCUGAUCGCCCUCGCGGCUCUGCUCUUGAUCUCAGCGAUGGGAAUUGGUGCGAUCUCUCGUUUCUAUGCGGCCGAAUUGGUUCCCCGAUCCCUCCUCAUCAACGCGACCUCUUACCUCACAAUGAUUGAAGCGUUGGCAAAAAUCGGCGUCGAAUUCGCUUUCUACCCACUCGGAAAUGCGAUCGGCGGCUGGUCUAUUCUGAUCUUUCUCGUGCCGACACUCAUCUCUUUGCCCUUUUUGUGGUACAUGUGCCCGGAGACGAGCGGGAAACACGUCAACGAGGUUCUUGACGAGAUGGCCAUCCGAAAGAAUCUCAAAGUGAAGUUCACUUCA